AUGCUCGUGCAAGAGCUGUUAGAUCGGGGAGCAGAAAUCUUGGCACCAGGACCUCAAUAUCACAACGCCCUCAUAGCCGCUUCAACGAAUGAGAAGCAAGAUGUGGUUCAACUCUUGCUUGAAAACGGCGCUGAUCCAAAGCAAGACUACAAUAUUGCCUCCAAGGUCGCCACGGGAGACGAUGAUGGACCAAAGGGGGAGACUUAUGCCAAUGCACUCUAUGCGGCAUCGUGGAAUGGUCACGCUAAAGUCGUCAAGAUGCUCCUACAGAGCGGCGCGGACCCUACCGCGACAGCUGGAAAGUACCCAAAUCUGUUAAAGGCUGCGUCAUCUGGCCAUGCUAAACAACCAAGAACGCGGUCAUUCCGGAGUCGCCUCUACCGGAUGCGUGGAAGGGAGCUCAAUGAUUCCAGCCCCGACAAAAGGUUUGAAAGUGUCAUGCUGAUGCUGCUCGAUGCGCAAGCCGACGACCAUUUGACCCGCCAUGACAAAGACGGAUCUUCUGCUACCGACCUAUGCUGUGGGAUUCGAGCGAAUAGUCCGCGCCCUGAUCGAUAG